AUGGAGAAAGGAAUACUCACAGUCCACAGUGGCGGGAAUUCUGGUCCUGCAAUACACUCUGUUUCAGAUGAUGUGCCGUGGAUCUUUACCGUUGCAGCAAGCUACACGGACAGGAGAAUUGUUGAUAAAAUUCUUCUUGGGGAUGGUUCUAUUCUAGUGGGUAAUUCUGUUAUUGCUUUCCCUUCGAGUGCCGCAGAAAUGCCUCUUGUUUACGGCAAAGAAGUAACCCACACGUGCUCUGAAUCAGAUGCAACAUCACCUGAUGUAACAGCACCCGGAGUGGAAAUUCUAGCUGCUUUUUCACCAUUAGGUUCCCCUUCUGGAUUAUCUUACGACAAGAGGCAUGCGAAGUACACUAUAAUGUCAGGGACAUCAAUGGCUUGCCCACACGUUAAUGCCGCUGCGACUUUCGUCAAGUCGUUUCACCCCAAUUGGUCUCCAUCUGCAGUUAAAUCUGCACUAAUGACUACAGCCAAGGAGAUGAAUGCUGGCCUUAACAGAGAUGCUGAAUUUGCAUAUGGAUCUGGCCAUAUCGAUCCUUUAAAGGCCACGGAUCCUGGUCUUCUCUAUGAGAUGUUUCUUGAUGACUACCGCAACAUAUGGUGCCACAUGCCGACAAGCAUUGGAACAUUCACAAAUGGCAGUGCUAGUUGUCCACUCAAAACGUCACAUAAACAGUUAAACUACCCAUCCAUGGCAGUGCAAGUUGAAACGAAAUCCGCAUUUGAGAUUACUUUCCCAAGGACUGUAACAAAUGUCGGUCCACCUCGUUCAACCUACACUGUAUCAGUAACAGGAAGCCAGGAUUUGAGAAUCAGUGUCGAGCCCAACACUCUAGCAUUCACCUCUGUAAAUGAGAAGAUGUCUUUUAGUGUGACGGUCAGAGGAAGAAUUAAGUCACCGUUUACAGUAAAGAGUGUGUCUUUGAUAUGGACAGACUCAAUCCACCAUGUACGUAGUCCGCUCGUGGUAUAUACCUUGAAUUCCACUUCUGUGGGAGAAGCACCUCCGACAUCAUCAAGGUUUUGCAGCGUUACUUUAAUCCUUUUGGUGAUUGUACUUUUGUACUGA